GGAUUGAAGAAAAGACCUUCUUCUUUUUUUUUUCCUCCUCUCCGCAACUGCAGUAAGGGAGGGGAGUUGGAUAUACCUCGCCUAAUAUCUCCUGGGUUUGCAAUCAUCAUUAUUGUUUAUUCUUGUGCUCCGAAAGCCGAGUCUUCUUGAUGGCUCCCUUAGGUGAAGUUGGGAACUAUUUCGGUGUGCAGGAUGCAGUACCGUUUGGGAACGUGCCCGUGUUGCCGGUGGACAGCCCGGUUUUGCUAAGUGACCACCUGGGGCAGUCGGAAGCAGGGGGGCUGCCCAGGGGACCCGCAGUCACCGACUUGGAUCAUUUAAAGGGGAUUCUCAGGCGGAGGCAGCUCUACUGCAGGACUGGAUUCCACUUAGAGAUCUUCCCCAAUGGUACUAUCCAGGGAACACGGAAAGACCACAGCCGCUUCGGCAUCCUGGAAUUCAUCAGUAUAGCAGUGGGCCUGGUCAGCAUUCGAGGCGUGGACAGCGGACUCUACCUCGGGAUGAACGAGAAGGGGGAGCUGUAUGGAUCAGAAAAACUAACCCAAGAGUGCGUAUUCAGAGAACAGUUUGAAGAAAACUGGUAUAACACGUACUCAUCGAACCUGUACAAACACGUGGACACUGGCAGGCGAUACUAUGUCGCCUUAAAUAAAGACGGGAGCCCACGAGAAGGGACCAGGACUAAACGGCACCAGAAAUUCACACAUUUUUUACCUAGGCCAGUGGACCCUGACAAAGUACCUGAACUCUAUAAGGAUAUUCUAAACCAAAGUUGACAAAGACAAUUUCUUCACUUGAGUCCUUAAAAAAAAAAAAAAGUAACCACUAUAAAGGUUUCACAUGGUUGGGUGUCGUCACCUCAGCUCCACGGUUGCCAAACUUUGUCGCAUGCAUGAUGUCUGAUGGAGGCUUAGAUGGAAACAUGCUGAUUUUGUUCUGCACUUAACAGUUCCUCCUCCUGGAGGGCUGCUGGGGGUGGGGGUCCCUGGCUCGAUGUGUUGUGAAAGAAGGGCCCGGGGGUGGGGGGGACUGAGCGAGAGGGGUGUGAGUGAAUGCGUGAGUGAGUGGGUGCGGAGCAGGGGGGGAGACCAGAGAGAUCAACGGCCUGAUGCAUGCUGGGAAAUAGAUAUGCUUUUACAUUUUUGAUCAGUUGUAUUUCAUCUUGUAUCAGCUGCCAUACUUCGACUCAUCAGGAUUUUUGGCUGGUGGCCUGCGCAAGGGUCCGUUGCAUUUUCAAAUGCAUGGAGGGUACAGUCUUUCCAUAAAAGACUUUUUCAGUUAAUUCUUGCUGGUGUCAUCUCAGUGGACUGAAAGCAAAGACCUCUUAGUUUAAAAAAAAAAAAAGAUAAAGAAAAAGAAAAAAAAAGAAAAAGGAAAAAAAAAAAG